AUACUAUUUGAAGUGAAGGAUUUGGUUUAAUUCUUCAGCCGAGCCUUUACUCUGUUCCAUCUCAAAUCAGAGUUCGGUCCAAGAGUUAUAUCCGGCGACAAUGGCAUGCCAAGAUCAGGUUCACCAUAUCUCAACCAGUAUAGUCGCACCUGCAAGCUAUAACGGUAGUGCUACAACCACUACUACUCAUCGAAGGAUUGACUUAACUACAUGGGAUCUCCAACUUCUCGUACCUGCUUACAUUCAACGAGGUCUUCUCUUUACUAAACCCAAAUUAGGAGAUUCUGAAACAAUUUGCAACAUCAUAUCUAACCUUAAGACCUCUCUUUCACAAAAACUGGAUCACUUCUAUCCUCUUGCUGGACGCCUUGCUAUCGAUAGACAUGACGAUGAUGGAACCACAUCUGUCUACAUUAACUGUAACUCCACUGGGGCAGAGCUUAUUCAUGCAGUUGCUGAACACAUUACUGUAGCAGACAUACUAGAACCGAUCUAUGUUCCUAGUUUGGUGGAAUCUUCAUUCUUCUCCCUAAAUGGCGUCAUGAAUUAUGAUGGUUUGGUUAAACCCUUGCUGUCAGUCCAAGUAACAGAACUGAAUGAUGGUAUUUUUAUUGGAUGCAGCAUGAAUCAUGUCGUGUGUGAUGGAACAUCGUUUUGGCAUUUCAUGAAUUCAUGGUCUGAGAUCUCUAGAUCUGCAGUUGGAGGUAAAUCAUCAAUCCGUACCAUUUCACGUCUGCCUAUUCUUGAGAGGUGUUUCCUUAAUAAUGCAGAUUGCCCCAUCCGCUUACCUUUUUCUAUUGACGAUGAACGUUUUCGAGAAAGCCAUGUAUUUCCAACUAUUAGGUAUGAAUAUGAAGUGAGAUUUUACCAUUUCACACGAGAAACUGUAGCAAUGUUUAAAGCAAAAGCCGAUGCAGAUAUUGGACCAACAAACGGCCGUUGCAUCUCUUCUUUGCAAGCUUUGCUCGCGCACUUUUGGGUGGCAGUAACCCGUGCUAGGAAUUUGGAUCCAAAUGCGGAGACUAGUUACUGUAUAUUAGUUGGGAAUAGAACUAGAUUGGUGCCGCCACUGCCUCAAGAAUAUUUUGGUAAUUCAGUUAAUUUCUAUGUUGCGACUACUAAGGUGGGUGAGCUUCUGGAAAAGGGACAUGGUUGGGGAGCAUUGUUACUGAACCAAGGAAUUAUGUCCCGUGAUGAUGCAGCAAUUCGGCGUUCUUGGGAUUCAUGGGUGCAGAAGCCUGCAUUUCCAGACAGAGCAGCAAUAUUCCAAGGUACUACAUUGCUUAGUGGGGGAUCUCCAAGGUUCGACAUGUAUGGCAACGACUUUGGCUGGGGAAAACCCAUUGCAGUGCGAAGUGGGAUGGCUAACAAGUCUGACGGAAAGAUUUCUGUGAUUCCUGGAUUGGUUGAAGGGAGUUUAUGUGUUGAAGCUUGUCUUUCUCCUAAGACAUUGAUGGCUAUGGAGAAUGAGACAGAGUUCGUCAAUACUAUCUCCAUCUAAUUACCUCAACUGAUCAAUAGGAUUAGGCAUGUAAUAGGGGUUGUGCUUGUUCUACGUAGAUUGUUUAGUGAGACUUAAGUAUGAAAUGAAGCUGGCGGUCAUUGCUUGACCGGACAAUAUGUAAUGUAAGAGCAGAUUUUCUUUGAUAGAAAUUAGAAAGACUAGUGUAGGGCCCGUGCGCUGCACGGUCUCUGAUUGGUUGUCCCAAGUUUUUUGGAUU